CCGGCGCAACCGGACGUGGCGGGCGCUCGGCCACCCUGCCCAGGUUUGCUGAACGGCAUUUUGAACGGGAUAUUUGGUACCAGGUCUCAGAAGCCUGUUUGUUGAAUCAUCGUCCCACUCAGCCGGGAUUGUGAGUCUUCGGGAAGGUUUGUGGGCACACUCCAGCGCUGGCCAACGUGGAGGCACAGCUGCAGGCCAUUUUCAGGAACUUUUGCCACAGGUGUAAAAGACGCCAGAACUGCAAAGAUGCUGAAACAGAUACUAGCCGAGAUGUACGUAGAUCCUGAUCUACUGGCAGAGCUCAGCGAAGAACAGAAACAGAUCCUGUUCUUCAAGAUGAGGGAGGAACAGAUCCGGCGAUGGAAAGAAAGAGAAGCGGCAAUGGAAAGAAAGGAGUCCCUGCCAGUGAAAUCCAGACCAAAGAAAGAAAAUGGCAAAUCUGUCCAUUGGAAGCUGGGAGCUGAUAAGGAAGUGUGGGUGUGGGUGAUGGGCGAACACCAUCUCGACAAACCCUACGAUGUGCUCUGUAAUGAAAUCAGUGCUGAGCGGGCCCGGCUGAAAGCGGAGCAGGAGGCUGAAGAGCUCAGAAAAACCCGGUCUGAAGAAUUCACCAAUAGCUUAAAAACGAAAUCGCAGUACCAGGGUCUACAAGCCCCAGAUAACCGGGAGGCUCAGAACAUCUGCAAGACGGCGACAGGAGGAGAGGAACUGCGGCAGGGACCUAGCCCAGCACCCACGCUGGGAGAGGAGAAAAUCCGAUCACCCUCCGGUUCUUCAAGAAACAUUGAACAAAUGCUGGCCGAUUCUAUCAGUCGUAUGAAGGCAUAUGGAUUUCACCAGAAGAAAGAAUCCCCGAAGAAAAAACAAGAUGAAGAAAUGAAUCAAAUAGAUGAAGAGAGAACCAAGCAGAUUUACAAGAGCUGGAAAGAAGAUUCCGAGUGGCAGGCAUCUCUGCGAAAAUCCAAAGCAGCUGAUGAGAAGAGACGCUCCUUGGCUAAGCAAGCGCGGGAAGACUACAGGAGGUUGUCCCUGGGGGCCCAAAGAGGACGAGGCGGUGACAGGCUGCAAAGCCCCCCGAGUGUUCCACAGAAACCAAAAAGACCUCCGCUUCCACCCAAGCCUCAGUUCCUAAACCCAGCGGGAUACCCUCAAAAACCUCUCAGAAACGAGGGCGUGACGAGGACGGCAUCCAGCUCCGCCCAGGAGGACAUCAUCCGCUGGUUUAAAGAGGAGCAACUACAGUUUCGAGCAGGCUACGAGAAAACCUCAGACACCAUCGCUCCCUGGUUCCAUGGCAUUCUCCCCCUCAAGAAAGCAAAUGAACUGCUUCUGAGCACAGGCAGGCCGGGCAGUUUUCUGAUUCGUGUCAGUGAGAGGAUCAAAGGCUAUGCCCUCUCCUAUCUGUCAGACGAAGGCUGCAAACACUUCCUCAUAGACGCCUCCGCCGACUCCUACAGCUUCCUGGGUGUGGACCAGCUGCAGCAUGCCACCCUGGCCGACCUGGUGGAGUAUCACAAGGAGGAACCCAUCACCUCCCUGGGGAAGGAGCUCCUUCUCUACCCCUGUGGACAGCAGGACCAGCUGCCUGACUACCUGGAGCUCUUCGAGUGACCACCUCUGUCUGGGUCAUCCUGCGACCUCCAGCUGGGCUUUCCCCUGGAUGGCCACCACUGAAACAGACAUUUGUGUGUGAAGCCAAAGCCACCCUGCAGCAGACUCAAUACUACAACCCAGUGGAAUUAUCCAUGGAGAGUCCUCCUGAAAUCUGCACAAAUGCUGGAGUUUAACACCUAGGAGAAAAGGGCCUAUUAGAAGCACUCCACAACUAAAGAGAAGAGUCCCAGUUUCAGCACAACCUAACAUAACGGGUAUGACUGUGUGAGGUAUAUGAGAUAAGAUGAACAAAGAUGACAUUGAAACCUUUUAGAAAUUAAGGAGCAGUAUCUCGUAUGGACUAUUGUGUGACCCCUACACUCUCUUGUGUCAUCUCCAGCAGUCUCAGGGUCCUGUUUCCAUGAAGUUCCCUGCUGGCAGUAAAAUAUUCACUGGGCAAGAUGAUCAAAACACAUGUCACUUAUUGUGCACCUUGGGACCAAGAUGUGAGAGCCCCAGUGUGUAUAAAAUACAUACGGACUGUAGGAAAGCAACCAUGUAUGAGUGUGUUUCCUCCCUCUGGAGGGUGGGGACAGGGCUCCCUGACUGCUCCAAAAAGGAUGAAGCAUGUGCUCACGUAAGGUGUUACCAGCACUGCAUCCACAGGAGAGGUGGGCUGUUUGGAUGCUACUUACUGUGGGUUGAAUUGUGUUCUUCAGAAAGAUGCAUUGACCUGUGAAUGGCCUUACCUGGAAAUAGAGACACAGAGAAGGUGGCCACGGGACAAUGGAGUGACACGGCUGCAAGGUAGAGAAUAGCAGGGACUGCCUGGAACAGACUCUCCCCAGAGCCUCAAAAGGCCCCAUGGUCCUACUGACAUCUUGAUUUCAGACUUCCAGGCUCUAGAACUGGGAGAAUAAAUUU